CGGAUAUUGUUUUAUGAUUCUACUUUGACCCUCAUCAAUCUGUUGAUUACAACCUUUGGUUUCCAUUGUGUUUUGUGAGCUGGGCACAUCAUCAGAGAGCCACAGUCCACCUUACCCGAGUGAGUUUUCUUUCUUUUGUCCAGCACACUAGCAGAGACCUACAGCACAUUAGAAGAGACCUCCAGCACACUAGCAGAGACCUACAUCACAUUAGAAGAGACCUCCAGCACACUAGCAGAGACCUACAGCACACCUUACCCGAGUAUUUUUCCAUUGGAAUAGUUGACAGUCUGAAAUAAGUUAGUUGCUAUCAGUGUUCCCAUGCAGUGAGACAGGAUACAUAUAUCACAAGCAUGCCUUAGAAUAUUCUAUUAAUCUGAUUAAGCUAAUUUAUGUUAUGUGGGGUUCUGUUCUUGGCGAAUUUAAUGUAUGAUCUCUAUAAAUAUCACGAUACUUGAAAAUCAUUGUAAAGAAAGAAACAUUUUAGAUUAUUUAUUAUUCAAAUACUAUAGAAUAAUUCAUGAAACUAUACUAUUUUAAAACGAGGUACAGUGGUCAACACGGUUAUCAUUAACUUUAAUAGACCAGAAGUACUAGAACCAUAUGAUACAGACUAGAGACCCGUCACGCGAGACAAACAUGAUACAGACGAUAAAUAUGAGAACAAAAUAUUUUAUAGGAGGAAAAUUAAAAACUGGACCAACUUAUUUUUAUUCAAAAUUGCGUAGUCAUUUCAAAUUCAAUUUUAAAAACGCAUUACAACAUUUAAUUUCGAGUUAUUAUUAUUUCUUUCAUAGUGCAAAAAACAACAAAAUCAACUCAACAAAUGUGUAAAGUCCUAUACUGGUGGAUUUGAGAAAUAAUGAACGGGACCGUGGAGCUAGCUCUGUGUUUUAUAGUCCUCUGUGUCCAGUCUAGUAAGUUGAUUCACACACAUAAUUGUCCUCGAGUUAUGUAUGUAAGGCUGUGUUCGAUGGGUGUGUCAAAGAGCGCGCAAAAUAAAAUUCCCAGAAGUUGGCACUGAACGGGAAUUUGCUAAAGUGCGUCACUUGAAAGCCUGUUGGUUCGCGUGGCUGUAGUAGAUGGGAGGUUCAGCCAGUGCCACUGCCAUUGUUUGCCGGGAUACUUAAUGGUAAUUGAUAUAAAUAGUUAACAUACUAAUAGUCCCAUAUUUAAUCAAUAACAAGACGGCAAUCAAAGGUGUUUUGGUUAGAAGGAUAGGGGUGGGGCAUGAUGUCCACUAAUUUAUAUUUAGAAAAAUACAUUAAGAAUACAUUGAGUCGGAUGUGUUUAGCAAAAAAAAAAAAAAAAAUACGUCAAUUUCCUAAGUCUUCGGCACUCAUCAAUGUAAGACAUUUUGUCAUCCGAAGUCAUUGAUUUGGUUAGAAGGAUAGGGGGGGGGCAUGAUGUCCACUAAUUUAUAUUUAGAAAAAUACAUUAAGAAUACAUUGAGUCGGAUGUGUUUAGCAAAAAAAAAAAAAAAAAAAUACGUCAAUUUCCUAAGUCUUCGGCACUCAUCAAUGUAAGACAUUUUGUCAUCCGAAGUCAUUGCUGUAAGUCAUUUAGUCAUCAGCAGUCAUCUCUGAAAGACACUUAGCUGAAGUAAUCAAGGCAAUGUAGAAUUUUAUAAAUGAACAAACUUACCGCCAUCUCGAUACCAAAACCCACAAACGGUAGCCAUAACACCAGGUAGCUAUAACAGCAGGUAGCCAUAACAGCAGGUAGCCAUAACAGCAGGUAGCCAUAAAACAAUAUCUCGGUUAUAGAUUCUUUUCAAUCGUGUAAUUCCAUUCUAGGAAGUAUAUUUUUAUCCAAACAUUUUUUUAAACAAUCAGGGGAAAACAACAAUAAAUAAACCACAAUCGGUGUUUAUGUAAAAAUUAAUUUAAAAAAAAAGAACAUUGAAGAAAGCCAACCUCCAGCACAUAUUAUCGUCUGACAGAAGUGGCAAAAUGUCAUCACAGCAUAUUUUAUCAUGUCACUGAAAUGGCAUAAUCCCAUCCCAACAUAUCACAGCAAUGGCAUAAUUAAUUUCGUGAUUCUGCCAUCUCACAGAAAUUGCCUAAUCUAACCUCUAAGCUCUCUCACUAUCUGUCAGAAGUGGCGUCACAAACCAUCAAAGCCUUUCAGUCCUACAUUGAGGAUCCCGCUUGCAGGAAGUAUGGAGUGGCCCGUGAGGGUGUUGACAUUGUCAAGUUCACCGCCAGACUUGAUGUCACUGACAACGUGGACCUCAAUUAUUGGCACCGUUUUAUGGUGAUGCACCUGACCGAUGACAACCCAUGGCUAUUAAGUGGGUCUAAGAUUGUAAGUGGUACAUACAUUUCAGGCAGCGAUAGCUGUUCUAAAGUGGUAAGUAAUACAUUGAUUUUAAGCAACCAUACCAAGUUGUUCUUAGAUGGUACGUAUAAAUAAAUUUCAGCCAAUCAUAACAAUUUGAUCAAAGAUGGUAAGUUGUAAAUACAUUUCAGUCAGUCACAGCAAGUUGGUCUAAGAUGGUAAGCUAUACAUACAUUUCAGUUAGUCAUAGCAAGUUGGUCUCAGAUGGUAAGUUGUACAUACAUUUCAGUCAGUCAUAGUAAGUUGGUCUAAGAUGGUAAUGGAACAUACAUUUCAGGCAGUAAUAGUAGUAUAGUAUGCGUGAAUGAAACCGCCUGCUUUACGCGCACUAUAUUUCUUGGCGCCUAAACUUUUGAAAGCGUCUAAGGCGCAAAGCCAAAUAAUGAUUAAUUGAGGCGCAAAGGAACAUAAGAACAUAUCAUUAGUGAAGGCGCCCCUGAAUGCGUAUGGAAGUGGAAAUUAAGGGUGAUAAUAAAUUAAUUAUCGUUUUUUAUUUUAAUUAAUAUUCUUACUUUGUUGUUAGAUGAUGAUUUAAAUUAAUUCCUUAAGUCUCUUGAAAGGUUAAAUAUGAAUUUCAAUUUAAUUAAUUGUACUGGCGAACGAUUCUAAAGUUCUAAAAUAAAAUUAUUGUGUGUGUAUUUCUAUCGACUCGUUCUCAACAUAUAUUAAAAUAGCUUUUUAAAAUUAAAUAUUUUAAAAUAGAUUGUUUAAUUAAAUGUUUUAAAAUACGGAUAAUUGUGUAGUUUUCAAUUGAUUUCAAUGAGUUAAUUUUAAAGUAUUCUUCUUAUUGUAUUUGUUAAAAAUUUAUUGUGAUUAAUUCACAAACUGGGGUUUGGUGUCAUCAUAACUUGUUUCAUAUGAACAAGAAAGUUUACAUGAUUAUUCCGACGUCUCCGAGAAAAAAUUCAGCCCCAAUGAAGUCGACCAACAACAUUUCCUACCAUCCCACACACACACACAGCCAUUCACUAGUGUUCUUUCCUCUCGUAGGGUCCCUUUGGAACAGGAGCCUAUCAGUUUUGACUUGAGACCUACGUAAUUAGUUUCUGGGAAGCGUGAGGGAUGGGGGUGGAGAAAUUUGGGUGCUGAAGACAGUCGCGUGGUUAUUUCCUCAUCUGCAGAUGAAACUACAAGUGAGGGAAGAUCUGCAAGUAUGAGAGAGGAAGAUGAAGAAGCCCUACUUAAAAAUUGGACAAUUCUUGUAGUAACCUAGUUCCGCAUUACAUACUCACUGCUAUGGAAGAUUUUAACGCCAACUAUGAGGUGGAGAUUUUGGGUCAUAAGAUAAGAAACCAAUGUGAACUAUUCUUGAGGAAACUGUUAAACUCGGGCUCAGGUCGAGCGUUUCAACACUUUGUUGAAGUCUUAGAAACUGAUCUUAAAUGUAUACUUACGAAGCAGUAUGAUAAGGUGGAGGCAAUGAGCCAUAGUUGACAUGUCUUACAAUCUAAAUAUGUGUGUUCCCACCGUGGAGAAGGUCUACUUAAAAAUAUAUCAGAAACAAUAUUUCAUGGCUAUACAUGACAAAGAACAGCAUUACCUUAGACUCACCGUAUGCCAAGCUUAAAGAUUACGGUGCCAAUUCGUUAUAAUUUAUGUAGGAAAAUGUUGUUGGUCGACUUUAUUGUGGGUGAAAUGCUUCUUGGGGACGUCGGAAUAAUUUCACUCAUUAAUGUCUUUUAGUUCAAUAAUGUUUAGGUAAUAUAUAAAUGAAAUUAUGUGAUAUUGAAAAUGUAAAUAAUGCAUGAUUAAGAAACACAAGUCCUAUGAAACUAAAAAAAAUAUAGAUCUUUGUUUUAUGAUCACUAGUACUGACUUUGUGUUGACCGGUAAGAAUUUCACAAGAGUUCAUUAGAUAUAAAUGGAAGGACAUGUUGACACUCUACUGCGAAACCUGAUCACCUUUUGGUAUCACCAAGGCUUUUCGUCCCUAACGGUACCAACAAUGGGCAUAAACAAAACUAAGGAAAUUCUUUCAGAACUUUAUGAAGAAUCAUAUAGACUUUCUUGUUCAUAUGAAACACGACCGGGGUACAUUUGUUUUGCCAAAUGUGCGAUCUUUGACCCCGUCUCAGGUUGUUUUUGAACAGCACUAUUUCAUGUGAAUAUAGGUUGCCUGUUCUUUGUUCUUUAUUUUUUCCCGAACAUAUUUUGGACUAUGUACAAACGUAUGAUGUCGCGGUGGUAAAUAAUUUAAUGAUCCGAUCAUUUGUUUGGCUCAUCAAGUCGAUUAUGACUACUAAUCAGCGCUGCCUCCUCUCGCCUACCGACGCUUGAUCCACGUCAGGAAACCCAAUACUCGGAUACCUUUCAUCAUCACGUAUAUCGGUUGCCAUUCCCCAUAACACUCUAGAAUCUCCUCGCGAGUUGGGGACGACCAUUUCUGGUAGAUGAACCCAACAUCUUUUCCUUCUCCUGCCCCGGAGUCGUCCUCACCUCAGAAAAAACCUACCCCUCCGCCCCCCUCUCUGUGUGACUCGGAGUCAUCAUCCUCGUCCAUCCGACUCGGAGUCUUCCUCAGACAAAUCGCUUUUGUCUUGGAAGAAUUAUAUAGUGGAAAUAAAAACUUUAUUUAAACUUUACGAAACCUCUCUGUUCUGUAUGUAAAUAUAUGUUGUAUUUAAUUAAGAAAACCAGAAUGUUGAAUAUAUUGAGCGUGGGCCCUCAAAUUAUAGAGAUAAAUUGUAUGAAAAGAGAACCACUGAAACAAGACAACCCACUAGCAAGACAUACUUUAUGAAUGUUGUCACGUCACUGGUUUAUAAUAACUCUUAAAUACUAAAUUCUUGAGAAAAAAACUGUGCUUGCCUCAGAACUGUUAUACAAAUAAUGUAAAAAAAAAAUUAUUAAAAUGUAUGACACCUGUUGCCUUGUAUAUAUUAUGGUGUAGUAUACAAACUUUUAGCCUUACACUAAAGAGCAGGUUAUUGUUAUUAUGUUAGUUCCAACUUCCCUCGAUAAUCAACAGUAGAGCAAAAUUUGUGUUAUGUGUCACUCUUAAGAGCCUCGUUGUGACACACACGAAACGCCAAAAGACGACGAACUAAGAUGUACAAUAGCUAGGAUACUACACACACAAUAAGAAGCAGAACUAGAGAACCAUUCGCUAAUAAAAAUCAACUAAUUUACAAUUCAUAAUUAAACCCCUCAAGAGACUUUAUUAAAUAAUUUUUAAAAAGAACAACAUGUCAUGCAACACGAUUUAUUACGAAAUUAAUUUGAAUCAUCAUCUAACAACAAAGUAAGAAUAUUAAUUAAAAUAAUAAAAAGAUAAUUAAUUUAUUAUCACCCUUAAUUUCCACUUCCAUACGCAUUCAGGCGUGCCUUCACUAAUUCUUAUGAUCCUUUGCGCCUGAAUUAAUCAUUAUUUGGCUUUGCGCCUUAGACGCUUUUAAAAAAAUUAGGCGCUAAGAAAUAUUGUCUAGUGCGCCUGAAGGAGGCGGUUCCAUUCCUACAUACUUUCUACUGUCAUAGAAAGGUGGCCUAAGAAGGUAAGAGGUACAUAUAUUUUAUUCAGUCAUAGCAAGAUUGUCCACAAUGGUAGGUGGUAAAAUUUUCGCAAAUGAACUUUAACAACAGAAUGUUGCUUGAAGGAAAAUUGUUUUGACUUUGAAAGGAAGUUCGUUAAAAUAGAAAAAUUGGUGCGAAAAAUGAUAAACAUGAAUUAAAUAGUUGACAUUUCCCCCAUUUUCCACCUCAACAUUUCUUUAAAUAAAUAGUUAAAUAAAUAAAUAUCUUUAGAAGUAAUGUAAUUUUGGCCAAUCUUUGGCUGGAAAACAAGUUUACGUUCUAACAGAUUUUCUUCGAACAAUUUUACUUCAAACAAAUCUAGUUCAUAAAUAAUUCUGGAUUUGGAAAAAUUUAACUGAGACUUUGCUGAAUGAAUAUUUUAAAACAACGUAACAUGUCUUACGUCCUUUGCAUCGCAUUUUAAUUGAGUCACUGGAACAUUACAAUUGGAGAGUCACUAGGUCAUUAAAAUUUUUAACUUUUCAAAUCUAACCGAUAAAUAAAUAUUUAUAAAUUUAAAAAAAAAAAAAAAUGCUUUGUUGUCUUUUAGUCAUGCACUUUCUUUGUAAAUCUGUCAACAUCAUAUGAAGGAGAAGGAACCUCUUACUGGAUAUUAACAUGCUGAUGAUCCAUGAAAGGAAAUAACUUUGUAUCCAGUGGCGUAGCCUGGGUUAGUGCCACACGGGCCGGACGAGGCUUUUAGCGUCCCCUCCUUCCUAAACUUACACGAAAAUGCCACCCCUCUGUAUAAAGUCCCCCCAAAAAUGCCUCCCUGGGAGGCAGCCGCCCCUGUGGCCCCGGUCAGUGGGUGUAUAAUUCGCAAACGCCCUUUUUCAGGUUGCCAACAUACUAUUGGGCGCUUGCAACGACUUUGUUCUGGAGAAGAGGAAGACGCCGGUUGAGUCUCAGACAUGCUCCAGAGACCCCCGGAACAAGCACUGGCUGAAUGUCGACAUAGCCACCUGGACCACGGCAAAAUUCAACAUGACGAAAUUAACCGGCCUGUGGUACAACCGGCAUCUGAAAUACGUCAGGGCGAACAUCGUGAUCAGAUAUCCCAUAGUCAUCGGUAGGUCAAACGGCUGGUCUGUGGUGAGACGGGAAUAUUGGUUACUUAAAAAUAGGUAUUCUGACCAGACAUCCCAGGGUUUUAAGUAUAGUCGAAAUAUUUGGCAUGAAACGGGAAGUCAAACAUAGGUCAAACAGUUGGUCUGUUAUGUGGCACUCAUAAAGUCAGUCAUUGUGAUAAGACAUCGAAGGUUUAAAGUAGGUCGAAAUGGUUGGCAUAAGACGUGAAGUCAAACGUACUUAUCCGAUAUAUCAGAGUACCGAAUAUAAUCGAGUAUUGGUCAAACUCUUUUAAACCCAAAAUAUCCAUGAAACCAUGACCAGAAUAAAUGACUUGGUAAUUACCGUAUAUACUCUUGUAUACGUCACAUUCUUUUAAAACAAAAAAAAAUCGGUUAAAAAUUAGGGGUACGACCUAUCCAAACGAGAUAAAUGUCACUUACUGUGGCGGUGUUGAGUUGUCAUUGAUAUGAAAUUGGAGAGUUGUUGUUUCCCUUGUUUUGCUUACUUACACUAGAGCAGAGGAAAAUCUAUUUAAAAAAAAAAAAAAUGUUAAAGGUCACGUUAUUUUUGACGACUGCCUUUCGGUUUUCAAGUUUUUAUUGAAACAUUUUUUUUAAAGUCCUCUAAUACGAGGUAGGACCUAUCUGUAGGUCAGCCACAAAUAUCCCCUUUGUCAACUCCAAACUUAGGGUGUGACCUAUCUGUAGGUCAGCCACAAAUAUCCCCUUUGUCAACUCCAAACUUAGGGAGUGACCUAUCUGUAGGUCAACCACAAGUACCCACUUUGUCAACUUCAAACUUAGGGUGUGAUCCAUUCAUUACUGUGACCUAUCGCGUGUACUAUAUGUUACUAAGCAAGUCAAGUAGCUGGCCGUGUACAACGGAAAUAUUUGGAGUUCAGUAAAAAGAAGAUGUUUUAUUACUAAAGUUACGAUUUUACAUUUACUUUCGUUCGUUUCAAGGGGUGAUGAGUGGACUACUCUUGUUACCCUUUCAUUCAUCACUCCCAUUGCUAGUGGACUACUCUUGUUACCCUUUCAUUCAUCACUCCCAUUGCUAGUGGGCUACUUUUGUUACCCUUUCAUUCAUCACUCCCAUUGCUAGUGGACUACUCUUGUUACCCUUUUAUUCAUCACUCCCAUUGCUAGUGGACUACUCUUGUUACCCUUUCAUUCAUCACUCCCAUUGUAAGUGGACUACUCUUGUUACCCUUUCAUUCAUCACUCUCAUUGCUAGUGGACUACUCUUGUUACCCUUUCAUUCAUCACUCCCAUUGCUAGUGGACUACUCUUGUUACCCUUUCAUUCAUCACUCUCAUUGCUAGUGGACUACUCUUGUUACCCUUUCAUUCAUCACUCCCAUUGUAAGUGGACUACUCUUGUUACCCUUUCAUUCAUCACUCCCAUUGCUAGUGGACUAUUCUUGUUACCCUUUCAUUCAUCACUCCCAUUGCUAGUGGACUACUCUUGUUACCCUUUCAUUCAUCACUCCCAUUGCUAGUGGGCUACUCUUGUUACCCUUUCAUUCAUCACUCCCAUUGCUAGUGGACUACUCUUGUUACCCUUUCAUUCAUCACUCCCAUUGCUAAAGAGCCCAUCUAUUUUGAGCCACUUCCAUUUAUUACCUAUUACCUUAGAGGUCCUCAACUGAUGUCCACGAGGACAGAAAAUAAAUUACCUAUGUUCGUAAACAUAAUGUAGUUGAAAAAAUAUUCCAUAUUGGGAUUUUAAAAUUUAAAUUCUAGAGUUUGUUAUGGAAAAAGAUGUUUUUAAAAAAAAUAAAAUAACUUCUCAAUUUUGCUUUCGAAAUGACAUUUUUAAAUUUUAAUUUCUAGAUUUUUUGCUGUAGAAAUGAAAUAUUUAGAAUUAAAUUCUAGAAAUUUCUGUAUAAAAGACAUUUUUUAAAUUCUAGACUUUGCUGUAGAAAUGACAUUUUAAGAUAUAAAUAAAAGAGGAUAUUUUUUACCAUCUGACUGACCCCUGUUAUUAUCGAAACUAAAAAUUAAUAGUAAACAACUGAUACAAAUGAAUGUUAUUUUUAUGGAACUUUCUGCGAUGGACAAUUUUUCGUUUUUAAUUUUUUUUGUACUCUUUAUACUUACUAUCGACCCGAUUAGCUAUCAAUAUUUUUUAAAAAUAAUAUAUUUGUCAACGAUAGAACAACGGAUGAAAAAUAUGCCUUAAAUUGAUACGUUAUAAAGAUAGAUUGUAUUUUUAUUUUACUCAUUUGACCAAGAAAUAAUUGCAGAAUUUUAUUAUUAUUAUUAUUUAAAAUUUUUGUUGAAAGUAUAGAUUUUAAAAAAAAAAUAUUCCAUUGGAACAAAUAACUGUCAAGCAAAUUUCAUUUCGAAUAAACUUACGUUCGGACAACAUUCUUUCAUACAAAAAUUGUAUUGCACCAAUGGGUUUCUUACAAACUUUCCGGUGACCCAAUUAUUUCAUGUCUGUCAGAAGCUGCCAAGGAAACUCUGAUGGUGGACAGCGACAUCAUGCCCGGCAAGAGCUUCCUCGUCAGCGUCGGAUCAAACGCCGUGCUCAAGUACUGCGUGACGCGAGCGGACAGGCGCAUCACGACCUUCGGUUACGGCGGCACGCUGUUGCGCCAGGAGGAGGAGGACGCCGACAAUCAGUGCCUGUCCAUCACCAUCAAGGUCACCACGAGUGAUCUGUACAGGCAAGCGUACAUGAGCUUCGGUGAGGUCCAAGGCACGUGCUUGAUGUUCUGCACGUCGUCUGCCAACCUGUUACAAGGUACGACACGUGAAAAUGGAUCGUUUAACUUAACCGUUUAAAACGGAUGUGCGCCUAAAGGUGCGCGGCUAAAGGUGUGUGGCUAAAGUAUCGCGGUUAAAGGCGCGCGGCUAAAAGUGUACGGCUAAGGGUGGUCAGCGUCAGGUGUACUGCUAAGUUAUUUCCAUAAGUCAUUUCCGAAUAGACCUUACCUUCAAACUGGUAUGGGAUGUGGAUGCUAUUACAGUCUCUCGAUUGGGUCUGACAGUAAACACGACAAAUCCGAUAUGGUUUCUACGAAGUAUAGAAAGGUUCUUCGGUAAAUUAUGUUUAGUUUGUCAGGUAAAUUAGGCUUUUGUGGAAAAAUAAAACUAAAAUAAAUGACCUUCGGCUUAAGUACUAAGUUUCACUAGGGAGCUGAAAUAUGUGUCUAACAACCUCUCAUUACUGACAACCACACAAUUCUGUCAGCCACUCAAUAUUGACUAAAGAUUUUCUCUUACUUUUCAAACGGCAUGCCUUAUUAUAUUGACGACAUAGAAAUAAACAUGCUAGUCUUUCAAUUCACACCAGUGCUCAACACGAUAUUUCAAUUUAAAAAAAAAAAAUCUAUUAAAUUACAUUAUUGCUAUCAUUCAUGUGUUUCCGAGAGUCAUCAUAUAAAUUAUUUCCAAACUUUAUAACAAAAAAUAUAUAUAUAUAUAACUGAAAAAACCCACUAUUUUAUAAUAAAAUAAUAUUUAUUGAAACGGCUGCCUGCCUCCCCCCCCCCCAACCCUAUUCAACAUCUUCUACCAAUAGAUAAACAAGGCGGUAUUAUUUGUAUCUUAUGCAAGUUAUACUCACUGUUAAUAAACUCACAGGUGAAAUUAAUAGAUAACAUUCACGAAUAAUAACAUAUCUCAAUUAACGGUUCGUAGAACAAAUUUUAAUGAUGUUCUAUAGAACAAUCACUUCUUUACUGAUUUGAUACCAUUUUUUUUUUUAUUUGAACCUUAAAAAUAAUUUUUGUGUUCAUUCUUUUUCUUAUAAAAAAAUCACGGCCGCCAUGUCUGUGUAAAAUGUUUGUGUAAAAUGUCUGUGUAAAAUUUCUGUGUAAAAUGUCUGUCCACUGUUAUUUUUAACAUUUUGUUUCAUUUAGCUAUGAAGAGCAAACUCGGGUCACAGUCCAGUGCGAGAGGAUCACCGGGAACUUCCCUGGGUAAGAAACUCGUUUUACUAUCUGCCAGGUGUAUUUAUAUUUUUUGUUAUUUUUUUUUUUUUUUGUGGCGGUGGCGGUGGCGGUGGUGAUGGUGGUGGGGGGGUUGGUGGGGGUGGGGGUGGGGGUGGUGGCGAGGUGGUGGUGGUGGGGCCUCGUCGAAGUGGUCAGGAGCUAACCCCAAUGCCUAUAAUUAAAUUGAAAUGGUAGGAACAUAAAUCAAAUGUUAAACUCCAUUUUAACCCCCAUUUUAACCCCAAAUAUAACCACAAUUGUAACCUUUAAUUUGUCCUCCGUGUUAAAUACACUUUUAAACACCCCCUUUUUAAGCACAAUUUUUAACCCAAUUUUAACACCCCCCCCCCAACCACCGUUUAAACAAGAUUUUAACCUCUAUUUAAAACCCACGUUUACCUCCAUUUAAACACCAUUUUAAAAACAAUUUUUUUCUCAAACCCACUUCAUUGUAUUACAAAAUCCCGAACAUGUGUUUUCUCUUCUUUCAGACCUCGUCUUAAGCUUCCUCAUUUUAGCAAUGGCUGUGCCAUGAUUUGUCCAACAUUGGAUGGGCCAAUCACUAUGUAUAGCUGUAGUUCGCCAUUCAUCGUGCUGCCAUUAUUUAAAAGCGUCCAAAUUAAUGUCAUGACGUGAACGGAAAAACUCGCACAUCUUCUCA